CUUCCUGUUGCACACACAUUGCACCUGGUAUUCGUCCUGUUCCCGUAAUUAAGGAUGUGCACUCUGUGUGCUUUCACCUUCUUUAACGUUUAGACAACCUGCAAACUUUGCCACUAACAGCUACCUGCUGCUGACACGAGGCAAGCAGGAAACGGUGGUUGCUAACGUCCGUGCGCAUGCGUAGAUCACACGUCGUCGUGUUGUUAUCUCGAGUGUAGAGAGAGACACAGUUAGUUAGAGCGGUCCUCCUGAGCUGGACUUUAAUACUUUGAGCUGGACACAAAGAUGACAGGACCGGAUGAGACGACUCACUGCAGACCAUCGAGCGAAACGGAAACGCGGUUUAGAAGCAGUUUAAAUCCGAGUUGUUCUUUCCCUUCUCUUUGUUUAAAGCUAUUUAACUAAGUGUCAGUCAGCUGACUGCAGCUGCACGCAGGCGGAUUGUUUAUCUGGACAAGCACGACGCUGUGUGGGGUUAAGACAUGAGUGUCCUUUUGUGGGAUCAGCUCCAGGCUGGGAGCUCGGAGGUGGACUGGUGUGAAGGGAAUUAUCUCAUCUAUCCAGAAAUAGCAGAGUUUUAUAACACGAUAAGCAAUUUUUUAUUCUUCAUCCUGCCCCCUAUUCUGAUGUGUCUGUUUCGUCAGUAUGCCACGCAUUUCAACAGUGGCAUCUAUCUGAUCUGGACCCUCCUAGUGGUGGUCGGAAUUGGCUCCACUUAUUUCCAUGCUACCCUGAGUUUCCUGGGACAGAUGCUGGAUGAAUUGGCAAUACUCUGGGUUCUUAUGUGUGCCAUCGGCAUGUGGUUCCCCAAGAGAUACCUGCCCAGGAUUUUCCGUCGAGACAGAUCAAGGUUUAAAAUGGUCAUAGGCAUCCUCUCUGGGAUCACCACUGGUCUGGCUUUCAUUAAGCCUGCCAUUAAUUCGAUUACGUUAAUGACGCUGGGAAUUCCGUGCACGGCUCUUCUCAUCACAGAACUUAAGAGGUGCGAGAAUCUGCGCGUGUUUAAGCUGGGCCUCCUCACUGGUCUGUGGUGGACUCUAGCACUCAUGUGCUGGAUCAGUGACCGUAUCUUCUGUGAGAUGUGGUCAUCUGUAAACUUCCCAUACCUCCACUGCGCCUGGCACAUUCUGAUCUGUCUGGCCUCCUACCUUGGCUGUGUGUGCUUCGCUUACUUCGAUGCAGCCACUGAAGCUCCAGAACAAGGCCCGGUGGUUAAAUUCUGGCCCAGUGAGAAGUGGGCCUUCAUUGGAGUGCCCUAUGUAACUCUGCUUUGUGUUCAUCACAAACAAUCCAUCAAGGUGACAUGAUCAGAUAGUGGUGCUUAAAAUAUCAGAUAUCAGUGCACUUUUAUGGACUGAGCAUUCUUCAGACUGAGGAUUAAGUGGCUCCAUGAAGUGCUUUGUUUGUAUUGUUAAUUUAUAUACUUCACAUAAGCAUAUUUUAUUAUGAAAACAUCCCAAAAAUGGAAAAAAAAAGAGAGAUUUUUUUUUUUUAAUGUUCUUGGGACCCAAGCACAAAAUGAACAUAGCGAAACACUGACAUUUCUUUUGGUCUGUGGGGGACCAAAAGUAAGACCGCAAAUAAUUUGCGGUAUUUCCCCCGAAUUAUUUUUAACCUACACCAGCAAUAUGAAUAGUGAACCCUUCAGUGCACACUGGAUUUCACAAUGCAUAUUACCAUUAAUAAAGCACUUUCUAAUAGUGUGAUUGUUACUUCUUCAUACUAAAGACUUGUUUUCAUUAUUUGAGUGUAAAAUUGGAAGUGAACAAUGUUAAUGGUAAAGUAAAAUCAAACCACAAUUCAACCAGUAUUAUCAACCGGAAUUAUUUUCCUUCAGGGUAAAGUUAUUUUGCUGUGAACAUUCAUUCAACUUUAAACAUGAACUUACUGGUCUAAUCUUUAGUCAUAUCCAGUUGCGUGAAUUGCACUGUAUGUCUGUAUGAAGGAUUACAAUUAAUGUAUGAAUAUUUUAGCCUUAAUGCAGAUGUUAGUAUGUGAGCCAUUUUGUGCUGCUGUGUUGCACAAUGUACUGGGAAAAGUAUUGCAUGGAACUGCAUUAUAAUCAAGUGUUCUAGCAAAAUAAAAAUUACCUCGUGAUUAUAUUACUUAUAUUGGGUUAUAUUACUGCUUCAUGUGUCCACAUGUUUCCUGAAAGAAUGUAUUUUGGGAAUAUAAAUGCAUGCUUUGUUGUAUGGAGGCUGGAAACUAAAGUCUGUUUGCAGAUCAUUUAAUUUAAUAUUCGAGAGUGAAAGCCAUGCUGUUGAAGCAACUGUGCAUGACAUGAUCUCAUUGUCAACACAUUCGAAGUGAGCCAGUUUUGCUAUGACAUGAACUGAAAUUGCCACAGCAACAGUAUCAGCAUUUCAGAGGCCAAAAAAAAAAAACACUGCCUCAUUUAGAUUGAUGUCUAAAUCUGUUUUUGUAUAGAUACAAACCUAAAAUAGUCUUCUUUUUUUUCGGGGGGUGGGGCUUACGUCCACUUACAGGACAACACAAACCCUAGUACACUUUUGUCUUGUACUCAACGGAGACACAGUGACCCCUACAAAGAUUAUUUUUCCUGUUUGUAACAAAUUAAUGAUUUUGUAGGUAUGGCUGAUAAUCGAUGGUAAUUUGUAGAAUGUAAUGCCUUUUUUCAUUUUGUUUAUGUAAUUAAAAUGUUCCAUGUUACCAG